GCACCACCUGCGUCCUCGUGUCCUUCCCCUUCAUCUUCAACCCCUGCCUGGGUUGCAAGGAGAACACGCCGCAGUGGGCAGCCUUCAUCUACUACCUCCCCUUCAUCAUCAUCUUCCAAUUCGGUUGGGCGGCCACGCAGAUCUCCCACCUGUCCCUCAUCCCCGAGCUGGUGACCAGUGACCAUGAGAAGGUGGAGCUCACAGCUUUCAGAUAUGCCUUUACCGUCAUGGCCAAUAUCACUGUGUACGGCCUGGCCUGGCCCGUCCAGGUGGCCCAGCCUGACCGCACAGAGCACCUAGGCAUCCAGGAUGUCCCCAUAUUUCGGAACCUGUCCCUCAUUGUGGUGGGGCUGGGGGCCGUGUUCUCCCUCAUCUUCCACCUGGGCACCAAAAAGAAGCCCUACCCACCGAAAGAGAAGCCGUACCCACCGGGCUCGCUGCCCCAGCUGGAGGAGAGCACGCCCCUGCUGCAGAAGGAGCCUAUGAGCCCCGCGCCCCCACUGCUGAUCUGGAAAGACUGGCUGCUGGAGCCUGCCUUCUACCAGGUUGCAGUGCUCUACAUGUCCACCCGGCUCAUCGUCAACCUGUCCCAGACCUACAUCGCCAUGUACCUGACCAACUCGCUGCUGCUGCCCAAGAAAUACAUCGCCACCAUCCCCCUGGUGAUGUACGUCAGUGGCUUCCUCUCCUCCUUCCUCAUGAAGCCUGUGAAUAAGUGGAUAGGUCGAAAUCUGACCUACUUCGUGGGCAUCCUGGUGAUCUUGGCCUUUGCCUCCUGGGUGACCCUGGCCAGGCAGAUUGGAGCGGAGAUCUACGGGGCAGCCGCGCUGCUUGGGGCUGGCUCCGCCACUAUCCUGGUCACCUCCCUCCCCCGCCACUAUCCGGUCACCUCCCUCUCCAUGACAGCAGACCUCAUCGGCACCAACACGCACAGCGGUGCGUUCGUCUACGGCGCCAUGAGCUUCACGGACAAGAUGGCCAACGGCCUGGCUGUGAUGGCGAUCCAGAACCUGCACCCGUGCCCGACCGAGCUCUGCUGCCCUGCCUGCAUCAGCUUCUACCACUGGGUGAUGGUGUUGGUCACCGGAGGCAUUGCUGUCGCUGCCAUCGCCUCUCUGUGCUGCAUCAUGGUCUGGCCCAUCCGUGUCCGCUACC